AUGGCGACGAAGAAGAAUAGUUCAUCAUCCAUUCAAGCUGUCUACGACCUCUGCAGAGAUACUUUUGCCCCUUCCGCUACCUCCCCCACUUCUAAUGCCAUUCAAAAGCUCUCCUCUUUACUCGACUCGAUUGGACCUGCCGAUGUGGGGCUUAGUGUUGCCAGCAAAGCAGAUAACAGAGGUCAUGGUCCUUUUGGGAUUUUUUCAUUCAAUAGAGUAGAUAGAUGGGCUCAACCAAUAACUUAUGUGGACUUACACGAGGGGAAAAGUUUCACAAUGUGCAUAUUUUGUUUCCCUACUUCCUCUGUUAUUCCACUUCAUGACCACCCUGGCAUGACUGUUUUGAGCAAAGUGUUAUAUGGUUCCUUACACGUCAAAGCUUAUGACUGGGUAGAGCCAGCUGUCAUCCGGAAUUCAGGUCUGCUUCUAUAUUCAGUUGUACUGGCUAAACUGGCUCAAGAUAAAGUUCUGACUGCCCCAUGCAGUACAACCGUUUUGUAUCCAAAGAGUGGAGGAAAUUUGCACUGUUUUACUGCAGUAACUCCUUGUGCUGUACUUGACAUCCUUUCCCCUCCAUAUAAUGAACUUGCUGGAAGGAAAUGUUCUUACUACAGUGACUAUCCUUUCUCUACCUUCUCUGCGGAAAAUGAUGUAUCAGGUAUAGAUGGGAAUGAAGAAGACUACUCAUGGCUUGUAGAGGUCGACACACCAGACAACCUCUACAUGUGCUCGGGAACAUACGCAGGCCCACCUAUUCAAAAGUAA